AAUGACGUUAGAAAGAGAGAAAUAAACUCUGGGGUGUAUGGGGUUAGAUAGCGGACAAAUUCAAUAUGUCAAAUUGAUAAGUCAAUUUGUCCAAUUGACAUUCGAUUCAUCAAAUUAAAAUGUCUAUUCCCAUAUAAUCAGUCGUCAAAUUGGAAGUUGAGAUAACAAAUCUAGACUGCUUUUGAGACAUUUCGAAGAAUUAUAAAGUCGUCAACUUAAACUAUCAAUAGAAUUCUUUGACUCUCAAAGUCACGUGUAACUUUCAGCCAAGGUCAGUCUUGAUAAUCUGACUUCACAGCCUACUACGUAUUCUGGUCUGUGGUUUGUACGUGCUCUCCUAAACCUCCACCUUUGUGUUUAAAGUUAGUAAAAUGGCGGAAGCGGGAAAGGCCACAACAAACCAAAACGCAAGUUGCUUAGAUUUCAUUGAAGACUCUCUUGCAUUACUGCAGAGAGCAAGAGAGCAGGAACAAUUAAGAUCCCAGGAAAAAACGAACGAUUCUUCCUCGCCUACUAGUAAUAUAAACACGGAAAAUGGAGCAAAAGAUUGGGCCCACUCAGCAGGGCAGGAUUUUUUGAAGGCCUUUCCAAACAGAGCAAACCCAAAUUCUGGAAGAGUAUUGCAAACAUACAUGCCUAAUGUUAAUAGAACUUCUGGGAACACAUCAUCAAGAAGUGCACGAAACUAUGUACCGUAUACAAAGAGCCGACCGUUGAGAUUUCCACAAACUUGGACACACGACUUUAUAUGUCUGAGUAAAAGGAAUGAUGAAUACACUCCUACACAAACAGAGCUUGGUACUCUGCGUAUGGCAGGGCUUGGAAAAAAGAAAAUUGUUUUUAAAAACAAAUAUGGUGAUCAUCAACACAUUCAGGAAACAUUGGAAGGUUAUUUUCCAAGGUUGAAGUGUCAAGACGGAGCGUUUCUAUUUGCUAAAGCUGACUCAGGUGGUUGUGGGCUUCGAAAAUUAUGCAAAAUUGUAUGUCCUACAGUUGGCUAUGACGUUCAAUAUUUAAAAGGAGAAGUUCGGUCAUCAUGUGUUUACAUUAUCCCACUGAACACUGAUAUUGAUGUCACGCCAGUUACCAUCAAUGAUUUGUCAACAGAACCCUGUAAUAUUGUAAAAUGCAAGUGCUCACAUUGUGGCGUAAUUGUGCCUUUAACAGAAUUUGAAAACCAUAAAGAACAAUGUAUGUCAGAGGAUGUGGCUGGGAUAUCAAGUACUAGCAAUGCUGAUUCUGAUAUUGCAGGUCAUGGAAAUGAUCAUGUCCAUCGUGACCAAGCAAUUCUUCUUAAAUUGAUGAGCAUAUUCCCAGAUGAAAAAUUUUCUGUUCUCCAGGAGGAAGCCAAAAAUAAAACAAUAGAGGAAGCAGUCGACUCUGUGCUACGUGUAGUAUCACCAGACAUUGAAUGUACAAAGACAGUUAGUAUGAAGCAACGUUCUUCAGAUUGUGCUACCAGUUCUAAGUCACCAGGAAAUGAAACAAAGUGUUUUGAAAGAAUAAACAACCUUAUCAAAGCUUUUAAAUGUCAAGUCAAUCCAGAAGUAGAACUUCUUUAUGUCGACAGAGAAGAGUUGUGGCGAACUGCAUUAUCUUUUUAUAAGAAAGCGAUAAAACGACCAAGUGUUUUAAAAAAACAGUUUGAGGUCCAAUUUACAAGUGCAACUGGUGAAGGUAACAGUUGUGAUGCAGGGGCUAUUAGAAUUGAAUUUUUUGAAUUACUCUUUAAAGAAUUUCAGAACCGUUCAUUGGAAGGUGAAGUUCCACUGAUGGUCCCAAGACGUUCAGACAGCAUUACUUACCUUAUCCUUGGGAUGGCGAUUGGACAUUCAGUUCUUCAUGGGGGUCCAGGCUUUCACUGUUUUCAGCCAUGGGUUUAUGACUUAAUUGUUGGAAUGGAUUUUGACCAGAUCAUUAACCAAAUAAAUAUUGAAGAUAUCCCAUGGCAUGCUGGCUCAACAGGAUUAUUAGAUUUUGUGAAUGCUUUGGACAAUGUAACAUCACAGAAAGAGCUUGAUGAAAUUGUAGAUAAAUAUAUCUUGAUAUUAAAUUUUUUAAGAUGGGACCAAAGUGUUGCAGUAACUACAGCUAAUAGACAUUCGCUAAUCAGUGAGCUGUUAAUGGACAAACUUAUUCGUAAAAGGCAGAGUCAAAUCAAAUCAAUUCAAGAAGGAUUAGAUCUUACUGGAUUCCUAGCUUUUAUCAAGGCUAAUGUGUCUAGGUGUCGACAAAUUUUUGUGUAUUCUAAGAACAGUGGACUUACUCCAAUGGAGUUCCUACAACUUGUAAAAACCGACAACAACGAUGAUUAUGAGAAGAAACAAGCAUUUGAUUUUUUUUCGAAAAUUAUUACUGAUAGUUCAGAGAAAUACAUAUCAGCUGUUCUAAAGUUUAUCACAGGCCAUUCACUUGUACCACCGUGGGGUUUGGGUUCCCCCAUCACAGUUAAGUAUUUAGAUGAUGAUGAUGCUCAUAUAUAUCCGAAGACCAUGUCUUGUUUCAAUAUACUGUACCUGCCAACUGUACACACAACUCAACAAAAAUUUGGAGAACACUUUGAGAAAGCCAUUGCUAUUGAAGGUGUAGGUUUUAGUGACAAUAAAUAGAUUUGACAU